UUGCCGUGGGCGGCCGUAAAGCGCCCCCAGGCGGCACCGCCCCCGCCGGGCUCCGCGGUGGCCGGCCGCCCGCCCGCACAAUGGCUGGCGAUGCGCCGCGCGUCCACUACCUGGCGGGCUUCAGCUGCCCGCUUGGUGGCCUGGAGGCGGGAAAGCCCCGCGUGCUGUGCCACGAGGCGGAGGUCUUCCUAUCCACCGGGAGCGAGUUCGUCUACGUGUACGACCAGGAGGGCGGGCUGCUGACCGCGGUGUACCGGUUCCCGGGCCAGGUGUGGCACCUGCAACUGCUGGCCCCUCACAGGGCGCUCUACGUCCUGUGCGCCCGGAGGGGCAUCUACUGCCUGUCGCUGGACACCCCCAGCAGGUCUGUGAGCCAGGCCAACAAGGACAGUGAAGACGGUGAACUCCCUUACCCUGUGAUCCCUGUGGACCCGGAUGCCUGCGUCCUCCCGGAUGCCACUCUCUGUGCGUUCACUGUGCUGGAUGACCUGCUUGUUACCCUGGCUCAGGGCCCUACCCAGUGGAAGCUGCAGCUGUUUGAGCGCCCCCGUUUAGGGGAAGACCCCCAGCCAGGCCAGGUCGGUGAGGUGGAGUUGUCCACCUACACGCCCCAAGCUGGGAUCCCAGGGAAGCCCACAGCCCCCUGCUUCCUGCCAGUGCUGUGCUGUGUGUCACUGCCAGGCUCCAGAGCACCACAUGGUCACCCUCAGGGUUGCGGGGCCUUCACACUAGAGGAGGCCCUCUUUGGGCUACUCUUUGGAGCUGAUGCCACCCUCUUGGAGUCACCUGUGAUCCUCUGUGGUCUUCCUGAUGGCCAGCUCUGCUGUGUGGUCUUGAGGGCCUUGGUCACCUCCAAGUCAGCCCCUGGUAACCCGAAGGCCCUUGUCAGGAUCCUCCAUCACCUGGAGGAACCUGUCAUCUUCAUUGGGGCCUUGAAGACAGAGCCACAGACUGAGGAGGCUGUGGAGAGUGAGCUGCCCAGUGAGGAGGUCCACUCUGACUGCCUAGUAGCCCUUGGUCAUGAUGGCCGGACGCUGGCCAUCAAGGCCAGCUGGGACGAGUCAGGGAAUCUGGUGCCGGAGCUUCAAGAGUACUGCCUCCCAGGACCUGUACUCUGUGCUGCCUGUGGUCGUGGCGGCCGCAUAUAUCACAGCACCCCCUUGGACCUCUGCGUGGUGGAUCUGGCUCAGGGAAGCAUCCCCUUGGACCCUCAGCAGCCCAACAGAGCCCCUGGAGGCCUGCCGCCCACACUGUGCCCAGCGAGCUUGAGCAUCUGCAGCGUCCUCACUGUGUCUGUGUCACCCAGGGCGCCUGCAGGUGAGACCUUGCUCCUAGCUCUGUCUGCCAAAGGGCGCCUGAUGACCUGCAGCCUGAGCUGCAAGACUCCUGGCCCCACCAGAAUGACCGCAGCAAGCGCGGACCGGAAGAUCAAGGAGCUGCUCUCUGGCAUUGGUGAUGUCUCUGAGAGAGUGUCCUUUCUGAAGAAGGCAGUCGAUCAACGGAACAAGGCCCUGACGAGCCUCAAUGAGGCCAUGAAUCUGAGCUGCGCCCUGCUGUCCAGCCGGCAGGGCCCCCGGCCUAUCUCCUGUACCACCACCACCUCCUGGAGCCGCCUGCCCCUGCAGGAUGUGCUGACAGCCACCUGCCUGCUGGAGAACAGCGGUGACUUCAGCCUGGACCGGGGCUGGACCUUGUGUAUUCAGGUGCUGACCAGUUCCUCUGCCCUAGACUUGGACGCAGCUGGCUCAGCUGUCAGCUACACCAUCCCUGUAGACAGGCUUGGCCCUGGCAGUCAGCGGGAGGUGACGCUGCCCCUGGGCCCUACUGAGAGCGGUGUGCUUGACCUGCCUGUGACUGUGUCCUGCGCGCUCUUCUACAGCCUCAGGGAGGUGGUGGGCGGGGCCUUGGCCCCCUCAGACCCCCUGGAGGACCCCUUUCUGGAGGAGCAUGCCCUUGACCUCCUUCCCGAGCAGGAGGGCAUCUGCCUGCCUCUGAGCAGGCACACGGUAGACAUGCUGCAGUGCCUGCGCUUUCCUGGCCUGGCCUCUCCCCAUGCGCAGGCGCCCUGCCUGCUCAGUCCGGCCUGUGACCCUGUGGACACCUUCCUGGAAACCUGCCGUGUACCCAGCCGCGAACCGGCUGGCCUUGCCUCCCUGCGGGCCAAGUACUUGCCCCCACCUGUGGCCUCUGUCCAGGUGUCAGCUGAGCUGCUCAGGACGGCCCUGGAGGAUGCUCGCUCAGGUGUCCCCCUGUGCAGUGCCACGUUGCAGUGGCUGCUUGCUGAGAAUGCUGCUGUGGACACCGUGAAGGCCCAGGCACUCUCUUCCAUCCAGGGAGUGGCCCCUAGUGGCACUGACAUCCACCUCAUCAUCCGUGAGGUGGCUGUGACGGACUUGUGCCCAGCGGGGCCCAUCCAGGCCGUGGAGAUCCAAGUGGAGAGCUCCUCUUUGGCAGACAUGUGCAGGGCACAUCAUGCCAUUGUUGGGCGCAUGCAGGCAAUGGUCAGGGAGCAGGCUGCCCAGAACUCCAGCCCACCGGACCUCCGCAUGCAGUAUCUUCGCCAGAUCCAUGCCAACCAUGAGGUACUGCUGCGGGAGGUGCAGGCCCUGCGUGACCGGCUGUGCACAGAAGAUGAAGCCAGCUCCUGCGCCACAGCGCAGAGGCUCCUGCAGGUGUACAAGCAGCUGCGCAGCCCCAGCCUCGUCCUGCUGUGAGCAGCAGCUGGCUGCACCCUGCCACACUGCUAGGCACUCUGCCCAGGCCUUGAAGCUCGCCUGGCAGCAUCUCAUCCCCUGAAGUUCUGAAGCCCCAGCAGGAGCAGGCAGUCCGUGGAGGGACAGGAGCUUCUGGGCUUGGGACUUGGGGUGGGUUCAUGACUUGCUGCUGUUCCCCCCACACCCUAGGAGCACCAGCUGCCCCUCUGGUGCCACCAGGUGGGAGGGUACCCUGCAACCAAAGCACAGAGACGUGGGGCUCCUACAGGUGCCAGUGGCUUCUUGCCUCACUGAUGAAGGGCUAGCAGGGUGGCGCAUGCCAGGGUGCUCACAGCGAGGUGCCGUGCCUGAGCCGCACCCGGCACUGUGCUGCUCUAGGGUCACCCGGGGCCAGGGACUGCAAACCUGGGCAGCCCAGCAGCCCAGCCCCCAGCCUCUUCCUUCAGCCGGGCAGUGCCCAGCUGCUGGUGCUGUUUUUGCUAUCAGGGUGGCUGUGUGUCUGGACUUCUGUGGAGCGUGCCCACUCCUGUUGUGAGCACUGUUGGCGAUGGGCACAGCAGGUGCUGUGAGGUGCUUUGCUGACAAGUGACCAUUUAUGUUGAGCUUGGGCCUUGGCUGGUUUUUACCUCUCGGCACCCUCCAAGAAGCACCCACCCUGCUCUGCUGGACCCCUGCCAGAGCUGCUCUCUCCAUGGCCCUGGGGCCAGCAGGAGGCCCCUCGACUGGGACUCCCUGCGGAAGGGCAUCUUUUGCAGCACCCAGUUACCCUCAACCAGGGCUGCUCUUGCUGAGGGUCUGCCCUGUGGUAUCUCUGGAGGGCCAAGAGGGCUCUGCAGGGAGGGAGGCUGAGGGUGGAGCGGGUCUGCCUUUGUGAGAGCCCCCGUUUCCACCAGACAUGGCCCUGGUAACAAGGCCAGGCAUUUGCAGGGAGAGCCACUUGCUCCAGGGCUGGGGAAGGGCUGGCCUUCGAAGGAGCUCUGGCCUGGCCUGGCAUGCCCAGGACCUCAUCGCAGCUGUCCCAACAGGACAGGUGGAAGCCUCUGGCUCCAGCUUUUGUCCAGUGCUCUUGUCUGUGUCUUGCAAGGAUGAAGAGGCCAGUCCAGCCCCCAGGAUAUGCAAGGCCUGCGUCCAUCUGCCCUGGAGAAGGUGACAUGUCCUAGGCUGUGCUGGCUUCUGCCUGUCAUACUUGACACCUCCCAGUGCCUCCCUUGCCAUCGUAGGCUGUGGGGAUCCCAGAGAUGGUGGGGUCUGGGCUGCCUGCAGGGCUCCCCUUUCCCCAGCAGGCACCAGCCAGUCUCAGGAGCCAGAGCAGAUGUUCCAAGAGGCCGCUGUCUUAGAGCAGUGAUGCUGUCAGGCCUUAGCUGGACAUGACACACAGACCCAGAAUGAGACCUGGCCAGGGGCACUGGUCUGCCAUCCUGUGGAGCCAGUGCAAUGCCUGUGCACUGUGCAGGCUGAAGCCCCUCCCAGCCCCGAUGCCCUGGAGGGCAUU